AUGUCGUCAAUAGGUGAUUAUGUGGACUCUCCAUUAAUGGAGAAUGAAGAACAUAUUGCUACCACUUCGGUUGCCCCUUCUGGUGAAGAUAUAUCAGCUCAUCUUCCAUCAUCUAAGCGAAAAAAUCGAUCACAAGCAUGGAAUCACUUUACUGAAGUGCCUAAUUCAUGUCAAAUGGCCAAAUGUCAUUAUUGUGGACACUUGAUUAAAUUCAAGGAUGGGACAAGUGCUAUGAUUAUGCAUCUGAAAAGAUGUAAGGAGCAUCCUGAUAAUCAAGAACACAAAAGGCAAAAAACACAAAAUGAGGAAUUAGGUGUUGUCUCUUCACCUCAUUCAACCUUUGACCAAGAGGCAUGUCGAUUGGAGCUUGUGAAGAUGUUUGUGGGAGCAGAACUUCCUUUUCGAUUUGUGGAGAAUGUGUUUUUUCGGAACUUUGUGAAUGCCUUACAACCACAAUUUGAUAUUCCAUCCCGCACUACAUUAAGGCGUGCUAUUUGGUCACUUUUUGAUGCGGAGAGAGAAAGACUUAAAAUUUUCAUCUCAAAACAUUGUGGAAGGGUUUGCCUUACGACGGACACAUGGACUUCUAUUCAAAAUCUAAGCUACAUGAGUCUAACUGCACAUUUCGUUGAUAAAAAUUGGAAUUUGCAUAAGAGAAUCUUGAAUUUUUGUCAAAUCACGAGCCAUACAGGAGAGUUCAUGGCCAAGGAAGUCGAGACAUGCUUAAAUGCUUGGGAGUUGAAUCGUGUCUUUAGCAUAACAGUAGAUAAUGCAUCAUCUAACGACGUUGGAAUUAAAUUUAUGAAGAAGUGGAUGAAUGCAAGGAAUUGUUUGCUCUUGAACGGAGAAUAUAUCCAUAUGCGGUGUUGUGCACAUAUCUUGAGUUUGAUUGUAAAGGAAGGUUUAAAAGAUGAGGACAUAUCUAUCAUAAGAAUCCGGAAAGCAGUCAAAUGUGGAAACUAG